AUGAUGUUUUCGCUGAGGGUUGUGGUUGUCGAUAAUGCAUCUGACAUGACCAAGAUCGCCGAGCAACUAAGGCCCCACAGUGUCAAGAUCAGCGGCAUAAAGGGAGUUACUAAUGUUGAUGGCGAAGCCCAGCCCAGGGUCGAUAUUCUCAACUUGAAAUACCCUGUUGAGCGUGAAGUCAUCCGUACCAGCCUCUCUCAUCGCCUGGCAGCCGACAGAACAUGGAGCACCAGCGAUCGUGUUUUUGGGUCUGUUCCCGACCGCUAUAAUGUUGUCGCGCACGUCGUACCCAUCUAUGAGAGCUACUCUUCCUCUCAAAACGGUAUACCUGCCAAUAUCGGCAACGCAUACCUGACAUGGCACCUCAUGACGCUGAUUAUAGAAUCUUCCUUCCAUUUCACCACUUUUGAGAGGGAAGCCGCUUGCGACAUCAAAGGGAGGCUACGUUCUAUCCGUUUGGAUCUUGAUAAGACGAUGAGAGCGUAUAUCAGCACUGGCGAGUCCGUCAGUAAAGUAGACGAGAGAGUCCACCUUGAGAUACCCGGAAACAUUGUUUUCACUGGCAGAUCCACCCUUUCGCCGAUCGCAUGCAGAAAAACACCACCGCUCUUUUUCCAAGCUCGCCCAAAGUCCAAGUUGCUGCUCCCCCAAAGCCCAGAUUCCCUACUUGAACAGGCGGCUCGAAGAUAG